AUGGUAAAAAGAAAAAGCAAGGUCCCGGUUUUCCACAAGCCCAACGUGGAACUUCUUACGGAGGAUGAGUGGAUGGCACGGAGAAAUACAUAUAUGCAGCGUUUGGCGGACCUUAAAACCAGUGUAGCUCUGAUUGAUGAUGCCAUCGACGAGCACAAGGAAUUGCUGAAGCAACAGUUAAAGGAAGAGAAAUGGAACAAUUACUUGGCCUGUGACGGUCUUCCAAACCCCAAUCGUCCUGCCGAAAUUCGGAAGUUCAUCUUCCAACUAAAGUUCUUGGAGAAAGAGUCCUGCACAGGUGAUAUCAGCUGGCUGCUUCCGGUGGACGAGCACAGCAUACUAUCGCACGCUCCUGAUCGCAAGGACAUGACGCGGAGGAACUUGGAAGAUACAAGACCAAAUAUCGGUCAGCUCUAUGGUGAAACUGUGCAGCGUAUUCUGGAAACCAUUAGACGCGUGGAAAGAGUUUUACGCAACGAUAACGAGCUCCUUCGCUUGCCAAACUUUCAAAUCCUUGAACUGGAUAAGGCUACCUAUUAUGAGCUGCGAUCUCAACUGGGUUGGUGUCACUCUUCAACUGCCACUCAGUGUGCUUUGCGACAAUCUGACCCUGCGGUGUGUGCACACCUUCUUCGACCCCUUCUCACCGCUGGCCAAAAGCUAUGAGCUGGCCAUCGAAGGUUCCAUGACCCCAAAUUGUGGUCUAGUGGACAUCGGGGAUAGUAUGACGACCGAAUGGAUGACCCAGAUGGAUAUUCAGGAGGAUAUCAUGACAAAAAUGAACACGCAAAUGCAGAUUUACAA